AUGGCUUCAUACGUGCUCCUAAACCAGCCAGAAGAAGAUGCACUGCACAAAUCGCGUCUCCUCAAUGUCGAAGAAAAGCCCUUCAAGCGCAUCUCCAAGCGUCUCCUAAAUCCUGAAUCAUUCGUCAUCUCUCAAUCCUCACUCCCAACCCCACCACCCGACGAACCACAGGACGAGGCGAUCGAAGCCCAAAAACAAAAAAAGCUCGAAGAAUGGCGCCACUUCCGCGAAGACGUCUCACUAGACUUCGCCGCCUUCGAAGGCAGCAUUGCGCGCGUGCAAUUCCUCCUCACGAGCAAUGAACAAGAGCGCGCGCGGUACGCCGCCGAGCGAGUCCAGAUCCUAUCAACAAUGCAAUCUGUCCGGGAAAACACUUCGGGUCUACGCAGUCAACUUGAAGAAGCGCAGCGACUACUCUCUUUGCGCAAGACGUACGAUGAACUCGCGGACAAAAUUACCAGUAAUCGGCUGCUCAAGACUCGCGAGGAUCAAUCUGCCAAUCUGCAGAAAUUGCGCACGGAAAUUUCGGACCUGGAGAAUGAGAGCAAGGUAUAUGCUACGACGUGGGCUGAGCGGAGAGACCAGUUUGAUCGUAUUGUCGGUGAGGGCAUGCAGAUGAGGAGACUUAUUCGCGAUGAGAAGGAGGAGGUUGAGCGGAGGGAGGGCAUGCAGGAGGAUCAGGAUGGCGAUGAGGGCGAUGCUACUUCUAAGGGGAAGGCGAGUAGUGCCAAUACUCCUGGUCCUGAAAGCGAGGGCAUGACUCCGCCUCGGUAUGAGGAGGCGAGAUCGGCAGCUUUGGCAGUUGAGAAGACUGGGGCUACGGGUGCUGCGUCGCCUUUAAGGCAGGUCACUGCUGCUCAAGGCCAUGGUGCAGGUUCUGCUGCGGAGGAUACCAAUAUGAUUGAUGAGGGGGAAAUUUCUGGCAUUAGUGACGGGGAACUGUCCGAGCUGGAGGAGGGAGAGGAGCUACCGGACGAACAUUAUAAAGAGAGGAUGGAUAUCACCUGA